AUGGUUCGCUCUAUGGUCGUCUUGUCGGCGUUUGCUGCCACUGCGCUCGCCCAAAGCUCCACCUACAGCUACACUUUCCCUCAAGGAUUUAACCUGGGCCUGGUCGACUCGUCGACAAAAUCCUCUUGGUGCGAGGGCCAGCGCAACACAUGCCCUCAGAUCUGCGGCGGUGCCGCCAGCCAGAACACCUGUAUCGAUGCCACGCUGCAGUUCAACUGUGUCUGUGUUGAUGGCAGCCAGCCUAAUGUCACUGCUUACCAAACCACGAUCCCAUUCUACGUUUGCAACGCAUACAUUGGCCAGUGCCUGGCGAACAACGCCGGUCAGCUCGACGCCCAGGAGGCCUGCAAGGAAGUCCAAUGUGGUAACAAGAAUGCCACCGAUUCUUCUUCCUCUUCUUCUUCUUCUUCCUCCUCCACCACCGCUGCGUCUUCUUCCGCGUCCAGCGAGAGCACCGGCACAGCCUCUUCCACCAUGAUCGCGGCCGUCUCCGCCACGGACGCCAGCAUGACUGCCUCCUCCAGUGCGGCCGCCACUACCACCCACAACGCGGCUCCUAUCGUCGGUCUGGAGGGUUAUUCCACCGGCAUCAUGGCCGGUGCCAUGUUCCUCGCUGCUCGCCUCUUCCUGUAG